AAAAUCUAAUCAAGCUGUAAAUAAUUAUCUAUUGAAUAUAACUAAAUAUAUUUUAAAGCGGCAUUCUAUCCUUAGAAAACACGUAAUUUAUAUACUUGUAAAACCCGUCAAAGGUUCCACUCUUCGAGCCGUUUUUGCUGACGGACCGAAACGGACUGCAACAUAAUCUUUUAACUUCUUUUAAAAUUUUAAUAUAAAUUCUGCGUUUUAACAGACUAAAAAAGAAACCGAAUAUUUCGCAAAGAGAUGGGAGAACAACCCGUAAGAGUUCUGGCCUGCGGGGAUGUUGAAGGACGAAUAAACACUUUGUUCAAGCGGGUUCAAACCAUCCAGAAGAAAACGGGACAAUUUGAUCUGCUGCUGUGUGUUGGAGAGUUUUUUGGGACGACGGCGGAGGCUGAAGCGGAGUGGCAGGAGUACCAGCGCGGAGACAGAAAAGCUCCUAUUCACACCUACAUCCUGGGCGCAGCGAGCCAGGAGAUGGUAAAGUAUUUCCCCAGUGCUGACGGCUGUGAACUGACAGAAAACAUCACCUAUCUCGGUCGUCGUGGUGUGUUCACGGGUGCGUCGGGUUUACAGAUUGCUUACGUUAGCGGCCGGGAGGCCCACCAGGAACCGGCCCCGGCCCACUGUUUCACGUCCAAAGACUUGUUGGCCCUGGUGACCCCGCUGACCAGCAGCUCCAAGUUCAGAGGAGUCGACAUCCUGCUGACGUCACAGUGGCCCAGAGGAGUGUGGCACUACGGCAACUACCCGGACGUGAACACCAAGUCAUGUGGAAGCGGCUUCAUUGCCAGUCUGGCCGAAAAACUGAAGCCGCGCUAUCACUUCUCUGCACUAGAGGGCGCUCACUAUGAAAGGCUGCCGUACAGGAACCACAUUGUUCUCCAGGAAAGUGCACAACACACCAGUCGCUUCAUCGCCCUGGCAACCGUUAACAACCCUGCCAAAAAGAAGUAUCUGUACGCCUUCAACAUCAUCCCCAUGAAGACUCUGGAUCCUUCAGAGCUGGUGAAGCAGCCUCAGGACGUGACCGAAAACCCCUACAGACACUCCAGGAAAGACGAGAGCGAGAAGAAAAGGACAGACUUCAGCACAAAAGACGAGGAACCAUCAGGGCAGUUCUUCUUUGAUCUGAGCAGGAAGCAGGGCGACGCGGCUCGGGGUGGCGGCAGGAAGAGACCGUCAGAUGGGGACAGACAUCAGCAGGGACAACACAAACAGCCUCGCAGGCCUCCUCAGCCGUCUGGUCCCUGUUGGUUCUGUCUGUCCAGUCCUCAGGUGGAGAAACACCUGGUCAUCAGCAUCGGAACACACUGUUACCUGGCCGUGGCUAAAGGCGGUCUGACUCCUCACCAUGUGCUGAUCCUCCCCAUCGGUCACUACCAGUCUGUGGUGGAUCUGAGCUCCGAGGUGGUGGAGGAGAUGGAGAAGUACAAGUCGGCGCUGAGGAGCUUCUACAGGAGUAAAGGAGAACGCUGCGUGCUCUUUGAGAGGAACUACAGGAGCCAGCAUCUACAGCUGCAGGUGGUACCGGUGCCGAUGGACCGCUGCACCACAGACGACAUCAAAGAGGCGUUCAUGGUCCAGGCUCAGGAUCAGCAGAUGGAGCUGAUGGAGAUUCCUGAACACACGGACCUCAAACAGAUCGCUCCACCAGGGACUCCUUACUUCUAUGUGGAGUUGGACUCGGGGGAGAAACUCUUCUACCGGAUCCAAAAACAUUUUCCUCUGCAGUUCGGCAGGGAGGUUCUGGCCAGCGAGGCGGUGCUGAACAUCCCGACCCGAGCCGACUGGAAGGAGUGCAAACAGAGCAGAGAGGAGGAGGAGGAGUGCAGCCGGAAGCUGAGGGAGGACUUCCUGCCCUACGACUUCUCCUGAGAGUGACACGGCGACUGUCGCAGCAUGCCACUGCGACCAUGGGAGAUGGAACUUUUUUUUUUUUUUUAAAUGGGAGGUUUGGAAUUGUUUCUCCAGACACAGAACUGGUUCUGCAG